AUGCUGGAUGAUACCAAGGUGGAGUGCGGGGCUACGGGCAGAGGAUCUACUAACAGUAAGCCUCAGGCUCUUCUACCCUCUCCCGCAAGCAACGAUACUAUGGUCAUGGAUGAAAAGGUCAAGGAAAGCUUUGUGCUGGACACAGCUUCUGCCAUCUGCAACUACGAUGCCCACUAUAAGGACCACCCCAAGUACUGGUGCCGAGGCUAUUUCCGGGACUAUUGCAACAUCGUCACCUUCACCCCCAACAGCACUGACCGCGUGGCCCUGAGGGACACAGGAAAUCAGCUUAUUGUCACUGUGUCCUGCCUGACCAAGGAGGAUAUGGGCUGGUACUGGUGCGGCAUCCAGUGGGACUUUGCCAGGGAUGACAUGGAUUUUACAGAGCUGGUUGUCACUGACAACAGAAGAGCCUUCGCCAACAAUUUUUGGUCUGGGAGAGACCUAUCAGGCAACAAGAACAGAAGCUGCAGUUCUUCCAAAGUUGUCCACAAGGCAGAUCACUCCAGGAUGACCAUUCUCAUCAUUUGCAUGCUGAUCACGGGCUUGGGGAUCACCUCUAUAAUCAGUCAUUUGUCCAGAAGAAGGAGAGGUCAAAUGAGUAGAAGGGUAGACAACUCUUUGAAGCCCCUCUCUCAUGUCCUGACUCCAAAGGCAAAGGCUCAUACUGAACAGAUGGGACUGAAGAUUUCUUUUAUUUAG